AUGCCGGCUGUCCUGUCCAGACCAGAAGACGUUAGCCCACUCCAUUCGAGGUGCUGGCACCAAGGAGGUACAGUCACGGCCAACGGUUGUGUAUUGCCCAUCAUCACCUACGAUCCAGAAGAGCAAUAUCGCACUACACAUACUGUCAUUGUCCUCCAUGACCGACCCGGCUAUAACGAUAUCUUUGAACUCUUUGCACGAGAGAUUUUCAACAACAAUGCCAUGUUGACUGCCGUCUCUCGACGCAAUAGCCUUCGCCGCCAGUUUCCAACUUUCAGAUGGGUCUUUGCGGCUGGAGUUCAAGAAGCUCGUGCGAUACUAGGUCACAGAAAAGAGAUGCGACCCCGAUGGGCUCGUGAUACCCCACUACCCGAUGUCAUGUUUACCUGUCAUCACGUUUUUUCCCUUGUCGAGGCAGAAGAAGUUCAAUAUUCUGCAGAAGAGGUUCCCAAUCCCAGGUCGCGCAUCUUCUUGGUAGGAUUUGGGAAAGGCUUCCACAUCGCCUCGGCGUUAUUCUUUGGUGAACCAUUGUGGGGCCUAGGUGGCCUAAUUGGCUUCGCCGGCUUUUGGCCCAAUAUGCGAGAGCUUAUAGCACUGGGUCGUGGGCCCGAUUCGGCAGACAAUGAAAGAUGCCGCCAGUUUCUGAAGGAUCUUCAGAGUUGUUAUUUCGGGAGACAGUUAUACCAAAGUCAAAGUACCGCCAGCGCUCAGACAAGCAGUCAAGAUGAUGCUACACGCCCGGGUUAG